ACGAGUAAAGUCACUAAUUACGCUUUCCCAACAUACAUUUACCAAAAUAUUUUUUGUCUUAAAAUUUUAAAUUAAAAUUGAUUGCUUACUUGAACUUACUUUGAUCAGAGAAUAUGCAUAUGUUGGACACUUAACAUCUUGUUUUAGGAGAUCUGGCAACAGUCUCCAGUCAACAUGGACUGAUUCAGCAAGCACGUGGACGGGCAACGCAACACUCUGAAAACUGAUAAAAAAAACUGUCCUUUUGAGAGGACCGUCUUUGUGACUGCUAUUUAUUAAGAUUGACAUUAAAUUGGUCGGCAACCUCUCAGUUUGAGAUUAUCUGUGGGCGGCCUGUUUGCUGUUAAUGACAGGAGUCGUUCUUCCAGCUUGAGCUAAACUCUGAAUGCCUAGCAUCGAUUUAAACGUACACAUAUAACCGCUAGCUUUAUUUUGUAACUUACAUUUUUUUCACUGACGUUAAGAAAGACCACAGCGAUGCAGCGGACCAACAUUGGCGUCAAAUGUUUUAUCUGCGGGGAGACGUACGGACACCGGUAUAUGGAUAUGCACAUGCAUUCUUAUUUCCACCAUGAAGCAAUCGAGAAGAUAAAGGGCAGUGAACAGCUGCAUAAGUGCUGGGCCUGUGAUGUGACUGUGAUGGGACUGCAGCAGUACAAGGAGCAUAUCACCCUCCCCAAACACAGGCAUAAUUUGUUUAAACUUAAACAUAAAAGACUAAAAAGAAAACCUUUAGACGUGAACUACAAUACCGAGAUGACCGAUGAUGAAAUGAAAGCCCUUUAUGAUCUAAGACGGCAAAAUCAAUCUAGGUCAAAAAAAACAGAUUUGAAAAAAUGUUAUAUCUGCCAUCAUGGUUUCCUUGAACAGGAGUUCGACAAACACAUGCACAGUGUUGUUCACCGCCUGGCAGUUGAGCAGUUGAAGGGCAGCAAACAGGAGCAUAGGUGUUGGGCCUGUGAAGCGACUCAGACGGGAAUAGCUGAGUUUAAGAAGCAUAUUUCCACCCAAAAUCACAAAUUGAAGCUAGCGGAAUUUGUAAAGAAUAGAGAACUUGGAAACAAUACAGUGGACUACAGUUUUGAAUUUGAUGAGCUUAAAGACCUAUGUGCCCAAAGAGACCAAGAAAUGUUUAUGAAAAAAAGAGAGAAAAUCGAUAAGUGGAAAGAAACAAAAAGGCAGAAAACAAUGAAGUUCAUUGAGACAAAAAUCAAGCAUUAUGCAACAUCUUUAAUGAUGAAUAAUGAUUUAGAAGCUGAGCAGUUUCCACCACAGUACCAUUUCCUGUCUUUUUGGGAAAAUGAAGAUGACCAUCCAGCAUCUACCCAGCAUAACCAAAACCUGCCUACAGAGACACAAGAGAGCGCGCUUGAUACGGACGGAUCAAAUGAGCCGCCCGUGAAAAGGCCUUGUCUCGAAAGACCAUCAGAAAAUAUUCCCCAAGAAAUGUCUGCUCAGGGCACUCUACCUAACCCUGGAGGAAACAGUACAGAUGUUUCUGUAAAUGAUGUGACUCCAGAAACUGAGCUGCCGUGUGCCCCAGGACUUGUCCAAAGCGUGACGGAGACCAAUAUACCCCAUUCAUCAGCAGCAAGGGGAGUUUGUAUAGAAACUGGGAGUGAAGCUGCUGUACUUAAUCCUCCACUACACACUGGUUUCAAAAAACCUAUGUUGAAAAUAAAAAGAGCAGCAUCAACGAGUGAACAGGGCACGACCAGAGAAUGCAUGAGUGAACAAGAACCAAACACAGAUUCUAUGCCACCUUUAUCUGUCCUGGCUGAGAUGUUCACAAGCCAGGCUUCGGAAAAGGAUUUGGAGGUUGUUGAGAACGUUCAGCCUCAUACUGCUCGUGUUCAGAAAAACAAAUCAAACGAGUGUGAGACGGAACGGGGAGAAACGUCACAGGAGCAUCACAGCAGCAGUGUUAAAGCCAUCUCUUGCAACGCCCAUAAAACCAAGAAAAAAACCAAAAAACAAGACAAUUUGCAUGUUCUGAAUCCUGAGAAAAACAAAAUAUGCAGGAAAAGAAAAGUGAAUAAGCUGAUAUCGCUGUCUUUGAAAGAAGAGGAGUUAAGCCGCUCUCUGGAGAAUGUAGGAGAGGAGCUGUUCCAGGCGUACUCCACCCUACAGAACUCAUACACUGAAGUUCAGCGUCUACUGGCUGUUAAACAGGAGGUAACAUCAGAAAUGGCCUCUCUCAGGGCAAAUCGCAUAAAGAUUCUGCAGGACAUGAAAGAUUCCGGUGACCAGCAGGAGGUGCUAAAUGAUUCUUGACAGGAUUGGUCUAAAGCAACCGAAUGAGCUUCACAGAGCAGCUGCAACACAGGACCCACUCCCAGACGUACUUCUGUGUGAAAGUAUCGCAUUGCAAAGCCCAUAAAGUCAUCCUUUUUAUCUCUGAUUCUGGCAUGAAAAACAUUAAUUUCUAUCUCGACAUGUUUAAAAAAUGUUUGCUUGCCUACAGUUUUGAAAAAAGGAAAUGCAGAGCUUCCAGCCAGCUAAAGUUUCAGGCCGCUUAAAACAUUUGCACUCAGAGCGCAACAACCAUUUUAUUCACCGGAAUCUGAAUAAUAUUUUAAUGUUCAACACAUUUGGUUGGUUUUAUCAUUUGCAUUCUUGUUUCUCCAGCACAAGAUAUUUUGUUCAUAUUAGAGGUUAAUAAUAUGUUGGUCAUUUGCUUGCAGUCAAUGUUUGCAUGACGAACAUCUGUUGUACUAUUAUGUAUUGUUUGUUCAUGCUUUGCAAAUCAUGGUAAAAACUGGAAUAGAACGGUUCAAUGUUAAACUCUUUAUUUAAAUUAUUUACAGUUGCAUUGCACCGCACAAAUUUUUCCAGAAUGGGUUCAGAUGAGUUAUUUUAGGCAUGACAUUGUAUAUAACAUUCUGUGAUCUUAAAGGCAUAGUUGAGCACUAAAUUGUUUUUACAAGGCCUAAGUGAGCCGUGAUAGGCCAUUCAGUAGCUCCUCAUCAAUCCAAUUUGUUUUUGACCAGGAUUUGGUAAAGAAAGAAGCUGCAGUGGUGUACAGUACAAUUGAUAAUUGAUUCCGAUCAUUCUCCAUUUAAUAAAGGUUGAAAACAGGAAAAGACCACUGCAUUUCCACCAGGCUGACCUCUUACAUCCGUGUCUUUAAGCAUACAUGGUCAGUUGAAGCCACUGUGUAUAUAGUGUAGAAAAGAGGGACUUGUUAGCGUGUAAACAGCAGUGAUCAGAAAGAAUAAUGCAAAUAUUAUUAAAAAAAACAUGCUGCUUGUAAAUCUUUAUUCUUUUAAUAUUCAAUAAAAAAAAAUCCUACUCACCUCAAAAA